ACGAGCCGUUGCUUGUGGAAACAGCUGGUAGUUUCUGUCAGCGAACACUUCGGCUUGUAGGCAGCUUUAGUCAGGGAUAAAAGUUGAAAUGAUAUUCUAAAUUUACUGAGAGCGUUUAAAUUUGUCUCAUAGUUACUGUUCCAGUUGACGCCGGGAAAUGUCAUCCUGUAAAAGCCACUUCAUCAGACUGUUGUUAAUUAACAACCUAGCUUGUUAGCGGUACUCAACUGACGCUCGACGCUAACGCCAGCUAGCUGCUAACUUUGUAGUCCCAUAGCAUCAACUGGCAGGAUACGGGGUUUCUGUAACUGCAGAAAAACUGUCAUCUGUCGGUUUUCUGGCGGCUCUGAAGGAGUUUUUUGCUCAUUUUCAGCAUGACUCAUGUUCAUUAUAAAUUCUCCUCCAAACGCAGCUACGACACAGUGCUUUUUGAUGGGCCGAACAUCACGCUAAUGGACCUGAAGAGGCAGAUCAUGGACAGGGAGAAGCUCCGGGUCGGUUUCUGCGACCUGCAGAUCACGAACGCACAGACCAAACAAGAGUACAAAGAUGAUGAUGCCGUGAUUCCCAAAGGUUCCUCCGUCAUCGUACGCAGAAUCCCCAUCGUUGGAGUCAAGUCGGGCUUGAACUGCAACAAAACCCGCAACAUGGAGCGAUCAGACGUCCAGCACAUGCAGCAUGGCCUCAGAGCCGACAGAGCAAUGAUCGACAAGAGUUCCUCCAAAGACCUACACAUAUUCUCUGAGAUGGCAAACCUGGCUGAUGCAAACAUUUCUGAGGAGGAAAAGAUCAAGGCCAUGUUGAAUCAGUCAGUGUAUGACUCCUUAAAUGUUUCCAAGUUUGGGAACCCUCUCCCUUCAAACUACACCUGCUACCGCUGUGGAAAUACUGGGCACCACAUUAGAAACUGUCCCAACAGUAAGGAUAAAAGUUCAGAGGCCCCUGUGAGGAUAAAGAAAAGCACAGGGAUUCCUCGCUCCUUCAUGGUAGAGGUUGAUGAUCCAAGUAUGAAGGGAGCCAUGCUCACCAACUCCGGACGUUACGCCAUUCCUGCCAUCGAUGCUGAGGCUUACGCCAUCGGCAAGAAGGAGAAGCCAGCGUUCAUGCAUGAGGAGCAGCAAGAGGCCAUAGAUGAGGAGGAUCCUAUACCGGAUGAACUCCUCUGUCUGAUCUGUCGAGACCUGUUGAGUGAUGCUGUGGUCAUCCCUUGCUGUGGAAACAGCUACUGUGAUGACUGUAUUCGCACUGCCUUACUGGAUUCAGAGGACCACAUCUGCCCUACUUGUAGCCACUAUGAUGUCUCCCCUGACACCUUGAUAAUAAAUAAAUUUCUGCGACAGGCUGUGAACACUUUUAAGAAGGAGCAAGGAAAAACUAAAGGUCAGAGAAAAGGAUGCCUUACCUCCCAGUCUCAAAAUCCAACCCCCACACCCAGCCCAGCCCCCACCCCUCCUCCUCUCUUUACUCAAAUCCAACCUCCCAAGAUUCACCAGCCAACCCCAAGCCAGAAGGAUCCUCUUCUACACUGCUCAGAGUCAGUCGACACACCACCGUUGUCUCAGGAGUCUGAGACUCCACCUGUGGCCUCAGGCCCUGCCUCUGCUUCAAACACACCAAGCAGGUCUCCUGAGAUUGUUCAUAUCCAACCUGAGACUGUUCAUAUCCAACCUGAGACGUUUCAUAUCCAACCUGAGACUGUUCAUACCCAGCUGGAGAUAAAUGAGAAAGCUGAAGAAAUGACACAAGAUGACUCUGUGGCUGCUUCCCCAUCUGGACUCAGUGUUUCAAACACUGCUGCUCAAUCACAGGCCAUACCACUGGUCGACCAGGCGCAGUCAGAUGAACAGAAGUCUUCCUCAGCAACCUGGAGUGAUUUGAACCCCCCACACCUUCCUCCCUGCUCCUCUGUUCCUUCGUAUCCACCAGCUCCCCCACCAGUCCUUCCAUCCCCACAUUUCAACCCGUUCCCGCUUCCUAGCGGAUACCCCCCUGGAUACCCACCUGUCCCACCUAUGUGGACUUUCCCAACAUUCAAGGGAGCUCCUAUCCCUCCCGUGACUUCUACUGGCUCAUCCAUCCCCAACAUCAUGCCCAGUGAUUGGUUCAUGUAUGGUAGCUGGAAGAAGGAAAGGUCACCACACCAAGGAUCUGCCUACAGAUGCUCUUCAAAGUCCUCUAAGUCCAAGUCCUCUCACUCCUACCUUUCACGCAGAUCCAGAUCCCGUUCCAGGUCCAAAGGCAGAUCAAGGUCAUCUCACAGAGGAUCUACACACAGCCGCUCUUCAAAGUCCUCCAAGUCCAAGUCCUCUCACUCCUACCCUUCAAGCAGAUCUCGGUCAAGGUCAAGGUCCAAAAGCAGAUCAAGGCCCCACUCAUCUUCCUCCCGCCAUAGAGAUCACCUCUCCCGUUCCCAUUCCUCCCAGUCCUACAACUAUGGCUACAAACGUCCACACUCUCCUACAACAUCCUCGUCAUCCUCACCUCGAACAGGUUACCAUUCCAGGCAUGAGUCAUCAUCAGAUCACCGCCAUCACAGAAAGAAAUCAAACACAAGCAGCUCCAGGUCCAGGAGGGCUGGAGAACACAGAGAAGAGGGGGGCUCUGCUGGUUACGUUUAUCCUCAGUAUACAGGUGAAAUGGAGAAGGACCAACAGCGCUAUCUUCAGUGGAAAAGAGAAUACAAAGAGUGGUGUGAGAAAUAUUUAGAAAGCUAUCUGGAUCACUUCCACCAGCUGCCUCCUCUUCCUCCUUGUCCUUUUCCUUGGAGUGAGAACAGAGAAAGACGCAGUAAUCACACAUGUACCAGCUCUCGUGACCGACACCAAGGCAGACACACGGACCGGUCACAUCGUCGCUCCCCUCCAUCACAGUCAUCCAGUGACAGCUGUUCUCUUUCAUCUCAGUCUUCAAGCAGCAGCAGCUCCAAAUCGUCCCAUUCACCCCGCUACACAAGCUCCUCUCUGUCUCAUUCAUCCGCAGACGGUCGUUCCUCUCCUUCUCAGACAUCCAGUGACUGUCGCUCAACUCAGUCAGAGGACAGUGCUCAGCAGAGGUCCAAUGAGACGUAUAGCUGCAGAUCAGAUUCACUUAGAAAGCAGAGUAAGGAAGAGGAACUAAAAGAAUGUAGUAAAGAUGACAAACCGCUAAAUGACACGAAUUUGGAGAAUCUAAGCAUCCUAAAAAAUGAGAAAAGGUGCUUAAAGAAACAUAAGCAAAGAAGAGAUGAUGCUGAGGAUAAGAGUAAAACUGCUUCAGCAAUUGUCUGCAAUGACAGUUCCUCAAAAGACGAAGAGGAAAACAACUACAGGGACUUGGAAUCAGCCGAGCAUUACAUGAAACAAGAGAGAUGUUUGGAUAAAGACUAUAAAAGCAAAAGCAGAGAAAUAGAGGAAAUGGAUAAAGAGAAAGGAGUGGAAAGAGAUAAAUAUUCACACUCCAGAAAGGAGUUUGAUAGACAGGACAAAGAGAAGUCUAGCAAAAGGAAACACAGAACGGAUAAAAACAGACACAAAAACCCUAAAGCUUCUGACUCCAGAUUAGAGAAAAAUAGAAAAAGAAAAGGAGACGACACGGAGAGAAGAUCCGAUAAGGCUGUAAGCAGCAAAUGCCUGAAAACUAAGGAGGACCUAGAAACGCUCCAGGGGGAAUCCCACUAUCCAUUUGAAAAACAGACACAAAAGCCUGAGAAGAAAAAACCUCUGAUGGAGGAAGACAUCUGGGAGAAAGGGAUAAAAAUGAAACCACAGAAGAAGAUAAGCAUCAACAUCAAGCUGGAGCCAAAACAGAAGGAAGAGACAGAAAAAUCACAGAAUACGUCAUAUUCAAAAGAAGAGAAGACCGAUGAUGAAGAGGAGAUGAAGGUAAACAAAGCAGAGACAGAAACAGAUAAAAACAAAUACUUAAGAAGAAACCAAGAGGAAGCAAAUGUCAAGAUAGGAGAGGAAAGACAGAUGUGGGUGAAAGACACCUUCAAAGAGAAGAAGGAAGAGAUGUUUGACAAUAUCGCUGAUGUUAGAGUUGAAAAAGAAGAAAGUGAAUAUGAGGAAUUAGACAAAUGGAGCUGUGAGGAGAAGGAGAAAAGUCAGUACUCGUCGACAGACGCAAUGGAGGACAGCCAAAGAGAAGAGGUGAUGGACAUCAAAAAACAGAGUGUGAGAGGAGAAAAGGAAGAAGAGAAGGGGCAGAGGAGUGAUUGUGAAGAUCAAGAGAGGGGAGAGCUGGUCUCAAAUAACCUGAAGGGGAACACUGAGAGUGAAAUACCUGACAAGGAAAAUAGAGAUGACCUGUUGGAGAAUUCGCAGCCAAAGGAGGUGGAGAUGGAGGAGAGGACAAAAGAAAGAGAUGCAUCAAAGUCCAGGCCAUGCAAAAAUGAUGAUCCGGACACAUACGUGGAUGAUGGCAGCUGGAGUUCUAAGGGUGUCCAGGAGAGAAAGGCGGUGGUGAAAACUCUUGAAGAAUACACUGACGGCAGAUCUGCAGAAGGGGAAGAUGAGCUUGUACUUAUACAGGUCCCUCUCUCCAAAUGGGAGAAAGAAGAAUCUGAGGAUGAAGAGUUCCAACCUUCAGUGUCUGUAUCUGUUACAGCAGAGACUGCAGCCAUGAGAGAAACAGAGAGAGAAAAUGACCAUCAGAGAGAGAGGUCAGUUGAACUAGAAAGAGACAGGACAACAGAGAGAGGAGGAAGAGGUAAGGACAGAGAGGAAAGCUCACAUAGAAAUGUGGCUCCCUCUAGUGGCAGAGACCGACAUGACGGCAUUACAAGAGACAGGGAGAGGGGGAGGGAUAGACGUAAGGAGAGCAUUAGAUCAAAAGUGAAAACAAGGGAGGGGGAGAAAGGCAGAGAGAGGGAGCAUAGGAGGAAUCUCCCUCUUUUUUCUCAUCCCUUCUCUUAUCCAAGGUCUCAUGAUUCAGGGAGGAGAGAGAAGCAUCAAGGGGGUGAUCAGGGUCGGAAAAAGAGCUCCUGUCCUGGCGGGGAUUUCUCCAGUGGCAGAGGCAGUGAGAUAAGUAGUGCCACCAAAGUGCCUGAUGAAAAUGCACACAGAACAGAUAAAAACAUGUCACAGGACUCAAAAUUUAAAGACAAAGAACGCCCCUGUUACAGCCGGGAGAGAGACGAACCCUCAUCUAAAAGCCUUGGAGGGUUUGAGAUCAGUAAGUCUAGACAAAGCAGCCCCAGUCGAGAAUCAGUGCAGAAGAGAAGCAGGAAUGAGACUAAGGUGCAGAUGAAUAACGUGGUCAAAGAUAAUAGAGAAAAUCAUGGCAGGAAGCAUAGAGAGAAGGAAGAAUCUGAUGAAAAAAGAAGGCAGCAAUCUGCACCCGCUGACUACACUGUAAGGAAAACACUGGAAGAUGUGGAGAGGCCAAGCAGCCGCAGCAGCAGUAACAGUUCAUCAUCGAGCCGAGAGAGCAGCAAGGACGUGAGAAAAGGGAGAGAAGAAGCAAGAAAAUGACAAAACGCUGAAGGAAAAUAGAGAUGGAGAGAUGAGGAGAGUGACUCGCCAAGCUCUGUUCAGUAUCGUUAUCUUGAAAAAAGUGAAAUUUACUUGAAUGAUGUUUUAUUUUCUCUGUCCAUAAAGUGCCUGGAUUAUUUUUCUCUGUUUUUGUUUACAUCAAACAUGCAUCAUUCUAUGAAAGUGAACAAAAUGUGAAGGUGAAGCACUUUAAGACUUAAUGAGAAGAUAAAUGUGAAUGAAAGCAAAUAUAAAAUUUUGAAAGAGCUUUAGUGGUUCGCACAUGCUCACAACUUGCUCAGGACUGCCAAUAACUGUGGUUUACGCACUGAUCGUGCAGAAUCAAAGCUUACACAUGAAUGACUUUAAUUUUGACAGCAGGCUAGUCAGUAAUUUGAUUUGUCUCACACAGGAGCACAGGAGUCCCCAAAGAGAGAUAAUUGAAAGAUUUUGUGAUUAAUUUAAAACACAUACUGUGAAUAUUUAUGAUUUAAACCUCUGUCGUAUUUUAUUUCAUUUUUAAUUUUGUAAAUAUUUAAUUUAAGGAACGAAAGAAUAUUCUGGAUGGAUGA